UUUUGAGCGAUAAUUAGCUGUUGAUAUUCUCUCACCAAAGCCGGUCCCGUAGCUCAUUUGGUAGAGCGUUGGACUCUGCGUGGUGAUUGCUCGCGUUCCCGGUUAUAACUUGGUUAUAACCAAGUUAUAACAGUCAGGGUUCGAAGCGCGACGGGCGCUUGACAUUUAUGGACCUCCUGACAGUGUCGCAGGCUGAGUGACCAGGCUGCUCUGUGAUCUCCGUCGUGUGCUGCGCUGCUGGCCUGGCCACAAUGGGCAGCAGACAGCUGCGGUUUCAGCUGCUGCUUCUGCUGCUGGCUGGAUGCAGUCUCCGGGCCGGUGGCCUCUCACAGCAGCCAAUCCUACUGGUCCUGUCCCUGGAUGGUUUCCGUUAUGACUACUUGUCACGUGCCAAUCUGACACACUUUGACCAGCUGCGAACCCAGUGGACGUUCGUGCCGCACGUGCAGCCGGUGUUCCCGUCCAAAACGUACCCGAACCACAUUUCCAUCGCCACCGGGCUCUACUCGGAGUCGCACGGCGUCAUCGGGCCCUUUGUCGAGCCGGAGACGGGCCGCUUGGUGGACCACAACGAGACCGAGUUCUGGAACUACAGCGACGCCGUGCAGCCCAUCUGGGCCCUGAACGAGGCUACAUCUCCGGACCGGUUCAGCGGCUGUAUGAUGUGGCCCGGCUGCUCCUUCCUGAAGCCGCCCACCUACGUACAGACCUACAACAGCUCGAUCGCGUGGGAGGACCAGGUGAGCAUGGUGUUUGACUGGCUGCGGGACACCGAGCGGCCGGCCAACCUGGUCUUCUGGUACCUGGACCAGCCCGACUCGGCCGGACACGAGUACGGACCGGACUCGCCGCAGGUUUCAGCCCAGCUGCGGCGCGCCGACCGCCUGCUGGGCUACAUCGGCCGCACGCUGCGUCUGUUCGAGCUGGAGAAGCGCGUCAACCUGGUGGUGACGUCGGACCACGGCAUGGCGCCCGUGCCGGCCGACCACCUCAUCAACCUGGACACAGUUGUCAGUCCCGAGUGGUACACCACGCUCGGACCGGACCCCGUGCUCCGCGUGCUGCCCGUCACAGGGAAGAGUCUGGCCGUGUACGGCCUGCUGCGGGACGGCUCGGAGAAGCUCGGUCUCAACUACACCGUCUACCUGAAGGAAAAGAUCCCGGAACGGUGGCACUACGCCAACAACCCGCGCGUCACCGACAUCCUGCUGGUGGCCGACCUGGGCUACAUGUUCACCACGGCUUCCUUCAACCGCACGCUCGAGUACUACCGGCAGAUGGGACGCAACGGCACAGGCCCGUACGGUGACCACGGCUACGACCCGGCCUCGCCGCUGAUGGACCACCCGCUGCUGGCGCGCGGGCCCGCCUUCCGGCGGCAGUUUGUGCACACCACUCGGAUGGAGAACGUGGACGUGGCCUGGCUGGCGGCGCUGGUGCUGCGCCUGCCGCUGGCCGACGACGCCCUGAACGGCAGCCGACUGCGCGUGCAGCCGCUGCUGGCGCCCGACAGCGCCGCCUUCUGGGCGGGCGGCGCCGGCGCCGGCUUCUGGACCGCAGUGGUGCUGUCUGUGGUAUUCGGGUCUUGCGUCGUAGCGCUCGUGAUCGCCGUCAUCAAACGGAGCGUGAGGAGGCAGUCUGUCAACUCAUCCCUCAUCAACGGAUACAUGUUCAGGUAUUCGCCAGUUCACCGUGUGCACAGUCGCGCUGACCGGGUGAGCGCGGCUGUGGGCCACGGUGGCAUCGACGGCGAGGAGGCUGAGCACCUGCUCUCGGAGAGUACACCCCCGCCGACCGGCGUCUGAAAGACCGCUGACUGGAGUCUGAAGGGCCGCUGACUGGAGUCUGAGAGACCGCUGACUGGAGUCUGAGAGACCGCCGACCGGCGUCUGAAAGACCGCUGACUGCAAUCUGAAGGACCACCGGCCGGCUUAUGGAGGACCCCGACCGCCGACCGUCGGCUGAAAGACCGUCGACCAACCACUUCCAUGAUGGUUGUGUAGGAUAGGAAGCCCGACGGUACACGUCGGAGUUCAGCUGGGGGCUCGUACAACCAGAAAGUUGGAGAAUUUAUUUCUUCGAGCUCCGAAGUAAGGGCUUAAGGCCGCCGUCCACUGUGCGGAACGCGUGCGGUCCGUACGGAAUUUAACACAGAACCCUAUGGGCGCAUCCGGUCCGUACGGAAAUCGUGUGCGCUCCGUCCGGACCGCAUCCGAACGGCAAUCAGCUGUUGAUUUUCCGUCAGCUCUCCGCAUGCGUUUCGGAUGCGGUUGCUACGGAGACGGAAGAGUGAUGUUCGACGCGUUGAACUUUUCCGCAUCCGGAACGUCCGGAACAGACGUGGUUUGGGGCCGUAUCGGAGGCAAACAUUGUGAAUUGUACGAAGAAUUGGAACUCGAUCAUCAUGAACUGCUCCGGCCGUGCGACAUGCGUCGGUUUUCAACAUUCCCUGACGGAGCAACCACGGGCCUCGCCGACCUCUGGGCGCUCCUGUGUUUGUGAUUUGUCGUUUGAGUAUGCGCCCGAUGGCGGGGUGAAUCCCUGCGAGACUGGGCGUCGGCGGCGUGCACGCUGUGAUCCCUGCGUUAAUGGCAUCCUGUGUGCUCCCGUGUGACCGGUGCUGUGGUUUGCUGUGCUGUGCUGAUGGUGGGGGACAGCCGGAGAGCGUUUCGGUGCUCGCGGCUCAGGUUUGCUCAAUGUUUGUUACGGGGUUUGCUGGUCGUUGAGAGUGCUCUGUUUGGGAAUAGGAUAGGGAACACGAGACCAUUGCGGCAUUCCAUACAGUUAUCUAUGAAAACUGUGCAGUGUGCAUCAUUGUGAGUUUCUAUAUUAGGGUGUUCUUUACAUCCCCUGCUGCUGUGUGGGGAACUUCGCUUUUCUGUUCUCAAUAGUGAUUUACGAUGAUGCAGAACGUGAUAAAUUCGGACCUUGCCUGAUGAUUUGGCUAGGCAUAUCAAAGCUCGGCCUAUGGCACUGAUAUCCGUGGCUCUCAUUUGCCUGUGUCUUGUUUGUGUCAAUUCUGAAUCGACAGCCAUCAGAAUCGUGUGCCGUUUCCACCAUUUCUAGUCAUCCACGAUCGUUUGCCGGCAUACGUUUGUAAUAUCUCUGCGUCGCUGCUUUUUACGUAGCAGUGCUGUCGUUUGUUGUGUGUAUGUGUGCUAAAUAUGAUCUGCAUGCUUCUAA